AUGAAUUGCUAUGAUCGAUUUCGUCGUAGAGACAGCCUUACUGAUCUGCACGAUGCUGUAUUAAAAGAUUCAAUAACGCAGCUAGAACGUGGUCUAAUGAGUGGAGUACCUCCAGAUAUUAUUGAUCAUGCUGGCCAAACAGCAUUAUACUAUGCUUGUAAACGUGGCUAUACUAAACUAGUCGAAGUGCUACUGAAGUAUGGAGCCAGGCAUGAUGUUGUAGAUAUGAAUGGGCAAUCACCUUUGUGGAUUGCAGCUAAAGGAGGGCAUGAAACAACGGUACACAUACUUCUCAAACACGGUGCCUUAUCCGAUCAAUAUGCAAAUGACAGAACGACUCCACUAUAUCAAGCCUCGUACAUGGGACAUUUUAAAUGUGUUUUAUAUCUUACCGAAUAUGAUGCAUCAGUACUUUUAGCCAAAGACAGUGGAGCAUCACCCAUAUUUGUUGCAGCUCGAAACGGUUACCACCGUAUAGUAAAACGUUUACUCCGAAAAGGAGCUGAUCCCUACCAACUUCAAAUAGAUAAGCGAACGCCAUUGCAAACGGCCUUACUCUAUAAUCGGACACGAUGUGUACGACUCCUUCUCCGUAAGGGUAAGGAAUCUACUUACACGUCGGAUAUGUAUGGUUGGAGUCCACUGCAUUUUUCGGCGAAGAACGGUCGAAUGAAGGCAGCUCGAGUACUAUUUCAUCACAUCUAUCGAAACAAAGGAGAAAAAGGAUUGAUCGAAAUGCGAAACACUACAGACUGGGUCGGCAACACUGCACUUCAUAUUGCUAUUAUCAAUCAACAUAUUGAAUUCGCUCAGUAUCUCAUACUCAAAGGUUUUGAUGUUCACCAAGCGAAUAAUUUCAAUUGGACACCGUUUCUAUUAGCGAUUGCCAUUGGCGCUCAGAAUCUUGUAUCGAAUAUAAUGAACACACAAGAUUCGUCAGCUCAUAUGGUUCGUGGUCGUGACAUAGCUGAACAAUAUAGACAAUAUACAAUCUUAUCUCUACUAAAUUGUUCAUCCGCAGAAACAUUCGAUCUUUCGGAAACAUGCUCUCUACCCAGUGACUACUUAAAACCUUUGCUUUCUCUCGACAGGAUUGGUCUCAUUCAUUACACAGCAGAAGAAGACGUUAUUCGAAGCGAGGUUGAAACCUAUGUACGAGAGUUGAUGCAUCGUGUAGAAGAAAUGAAUCCACUCUUUCGAAAUCACAUCAUCUGUAGUGGAUCUUACUACGAAGGAACCCGUGUUGGACAACCUGAUGAAUUUGAUUUUAUGAUUAAUCUUACUGAAAUUGAACGAUUAUGCAAAUUUGAAGAACAUGAUAACGACCCAGCUGGAUUCGGUCGCUUACGUCCACUUACUAGUAAUCAAUCGGGAAAAGCGCUUGAGUCCUACAUGGAACCUGUUACGCAGUGCAUUUCAUCCGAAAAAGUACGCAACAAAUUUUACCAAUGUUUAACAUCAGUAAGAGCAAAGGUCAUUAAUGAAAAGUCACUUUCAUUAUUCAAACAUUUAAAACUUGAAUGGACAAGUGGAGAUAAACGUUGUGGCACAGCCAUCUAUGCCCAAUGGUAUGGCAUCCAAUAUGCUAGUUUGAAAAUAAAAGUCGAUGUUAUUCCUUGCGUUACUGUUCAUGGAUGGCCUCGAACGUCAAUUACAGUAUGUCCUCUAGCAGAGCCAGAGUUUCAUACUAUUGCACGCAGUACAGAACCCGAUAAAACAUAUCUUUGGCGCAUAUCAACUUCACGAGCUGAAAUAGAAUAUUUUCAAAAAGUCGGAGUCGAAAGAAAAAACGCUUAUGUAUGCUUGAAAAUCCUUCGAGGCCUGAUUCCAUUCACAUGUAAAAUUGCAGAACUAACUUAUAAUGCAGACGAAUUACUAACGUCGUACAUGCUCAAAACUGAAUUUUUUCAUGAAGUCGCUCGACAACAAAAAACAUAUAGAUGGCAUGAAAGUCAACUUAUCUAUCGAGUACUCAACAUUUUAACACGUCUACUUCAAGACCUAGGUGUAGGAUUCAUCAAGUCAUAUUACAUCAAAAAUUAUAAUGUUCUCGAUCGUGAUGAAUCAGGAAAACUCCGUUCAUUCGAAAUUCAAUAUGUUCAAUCAAUUGUUCAAGAAGUCAAAAACAAAAUGAAGACUCAUAAUUCAUUGCGAACUCUUCGGCGACGAAAGACAAUUUCUACUGGAGAACAUGAGCGAACACCUUCACUUCGGAAUCGUGCGUUGUCAUCAAUCAUGUAA